AUGUUCAUCACUGGUGAGACCGAUUCAGAUCGCAGCACCACCGAAGACGGAAUCGAAUAUGACAGCGAUUCCACAAACGAAGACGAAGACAAGAACGAGAAUGGGGACGAGGAUGAGGACGAGGAUGAGGACGAGGAUGAAGAUGAGGACAACGACGAGGACGGAGACGGAGACGGUAACGGAGACCGAGUCGUUGACGAGGUGGCUUGGUCACGGGCUGAUAUGGCGCUACGUCGAAGCUAUGCGACGGCUAGUUGGUCCUAUAGGGGUGGCUAA